AGGGUCCAUUUAGGGUUUGGAGUUCUCAUAAUACCUGCACGGCUCAAGCCCAUCUUUCUCUCUUCUCCCUCGUCCCUCCCUCCUCAAAAAAAUUUCCCCCAAUAAUUCAAAAAAUUCUGGUUUAAUCCUCAAAACCUUAAACCCUAAACCCUACUCUGCUGCCUCGACGAUUUCUUCCGGUCCUCCGUUGAUUCUGAUUUCGAGUUCCAACCCUCGGUCUCCAAAGGUUCAUUUAUGGCUGCCCUUAUUGACAACAACGGAACACCAAAUUCAGAUGCACAACCCAAUAAGCGCAGGAGAAAAAAGUCUGUUGUUUGGGAACACUUCACAGUAGAAAACAUUGAUGCAGACUGUACCAGAGCCUUUUGUAAGCAGUGCAAAAAGUCAUUUGCCUACAUUACUGGUUCAAAACUAGCUGGCACAAGCCACCUCAAACGGCAUAUUGCCCUAGGUAUUUGUCCGGUGAGCAAGCUUAAUAAGGAGAAAAAUCAGUCAUCUCCCUACAUUCCAAACCCCAAAACCAAUGGCUCAGCAGAUGCUGUUGAUAGAAAAAGGAAGAGGCGUAGGGCUACCUCUGGACUCACAGCCAUUUCCUUUGAUCAAGAAAGUUGCAGCCAUGAGAUAGCGAAAAUGAUUAUUAAACAUGAUUAUCCACUUCACAUAGUGGAAAACCCUGGUUUCGUUAGGUUUGCACGGGCUCUUCAUCCUCAGUAUAAUUCAGUUAACAUAAACAUGAUUGAAGCUCAUGUAGUGAACAUCUACUUGAGAGAGAAGCAAAAUCUUUUGAGCCUUCUUGCUGGAGCUCCCGGUCGCAUUAGCCUGAGUUUGGAUUUGUGGACUUCAGAUAAAACUGUAGGUUAUGCAAUUUUAACAGGGCAGUUUGUUGAUUGUGAUUGGAACUUGCACCGGCGGAUCCUUAGUGUUAUCACGUUGCCAUUUCCUGAUUCAGAAUCUGCCUUCAAUCAUGCAGUUGCUGCUUGCUUUACAGAUUGGUGUUUUGAGAACAAACUAUUUACCCUCACUCUUAAUCAAUCCUUCAGUAGCGAGACUAUUAGAGCAAAUCUUAGAGGUCUAUUAUCGAUCAAGAAUUCGGUUAUUGUCAAUGGUCAACUGAUUAUUGGCAGCUGUUAUGCUCAUGCGUUAGGUAGUACUGCACAGGAUGCGUUGUGGUCAAUGAGGAACACCCUUGAAAAAGUCCGUCGAAUUGUGAAGUAUGUGAUUACUUCGGAAGCAUCGAGAAAAGUUUGCUGA